AUGACGAAGACCGCACUCAUUACAGGCGCAACCGGCUUACUUGGCAGACAAGUUCUAAAAGUAUUCGAUCGAGAAAAUUGGAAUACAGUUGGCGCCGGAUUCUCGCGCGCAAAGCCUCCUACCAUUCUCAAGGUAGAUUUGGCUUCCGAGUCUGAAGUUUCAAAGGCGUUGAAUGAAUCCAAACCUCGAGUCGUAAUUCAUUGUGCAGCGAAUAGAUUCCCAGACAAAUGCGACAGCGAUCCUGAAGGAACACGCGCUCUCAAUAUUGCAGCUUCUGCUUCAUUGGCAAAACUUUGCGCCGAACAAUCCAUCCUCCUUAUCUACAUAUCGACCGAUUAUGUUUUCCCCGGCACCGAAGGUGAUGCUCCUUACGAGACAAGCCAUACCGUAAAACCCCCGAAUCUAUAUGGAGAAACAAAAUAUGAGGGUGAAAAAGCCGUGUUGGCAGAAUAUGAGAAAGCAGGCAAAUCUGGUCUAGGAGUGGUCUUGAGAGUUCCUGUACUCUACGGAGAAGGUGAACCUGAAGAAAGUGCAGUUGGUGUACUUGUCAACUCGGUCUGGAAAGCCCAAGAAAAAGACGCCAAUAUCAAAAUGGAUCACUGGGCCCUGCGCUAUCCUACCAAUACAGAAGAUGUAGGUCGAGUUUUGUCAGAGAUUGCAACCAAAUAUCUUGAAAGUAAAGACCCAUCAUCUUUACCACGAGUCUUGCAAUUUUCUUCCGAGGAUAAAUUCACAAAAUAUGAGAUCUGCCAACUAUUUGCGGAGAUUUUAGGCUUGCCUUUGGAUGGUAUGGUGGCAAAUACAGAGGGGAAUGAUCCAAAUGCUAGUGUGCAGAGACCUUAUGAUUGUCAUCUGUCUACGAAGGCAUUGAAGGACCUGGGAAUCAAUGUUGCUACGAUGGAUUUUACCGGUUUUUGGAGGAGGGAGAUGAAUGCUUUUAGGAAGUAG